AUGAGCCAUGUGGACGAAGAACCUGUCAACCUCAACACGGAAUCGAUCGUCCUCCCGACUCAUCUCUCGUCAAACAUGCUGCCUACGACGUCUGACAAUACCGAAUACCGAACCACCCACGAGCUCCCGGACAUGAGGACGGACGAUGAAUCUCGGCCGCAGGACGAUCAGGAGUUGCGAGAUGGGAUCAACGAGCAGAUGAACCUGUUCUGGGGAGCCGUGUCGAGCGCUUUCGCUGAGCCUGUCGAGCCGGAAGAGCAUCAGCAGCAGGACGAGGUGUCUCGGCAUGAGGGGGAUGGUGGAGAGAUCAUGAAUGUCGAGCAUCAAGGACAUGAUCUGGACGGAGAAGCUAGUGCCGAGGAUGGUGUACAUGAGGAACCUCAUCAUACAACGGACGAGUCGAACCAGGACGACUACCUUCCAGAACCCACCCAGGAACAGCCUCCCGCAACACACGUCGAGCAGGAACAGCAACAGGAUCAGGAUCCACUGACGAACCCUGCAGAUUUCGCUCCUCAAUCCGUUGCGCAUGCGGAACCCGAGCAUCCUCGGAACGAAUGGGAACACGUCCAGCUGCUCAUGAGUCUAGGUGGGCAGCUGGGUCAAGAUCUCGCCGCACUAGGCGGUGGACAAGCGGGGAGUGGGGAGUUGGGCUUACAGGGAGGUAUCGGAUACCCAGAGGGAGAGGUCGAGGUCGAUGGAGGGCAUUCGGGGCAGCUCGACGAUCCUGUUGGCAGCCUACACUCUCACUCGCAUGAACACGAUGUAGGCAGUGGAGAAACGCCGAAUCGACCUCGGACACGUCGGACCAUUGCUUUGGAAGAAAUGGCGACCGUCAAUGCAGAAGCCGGGCCGUCUAGGUUACCAGCGACCGUUCAAGAUUCAGCGGCCGGGUCGACCUCGAAACCUCGUAAAAGAGCUCCUCGAUCAUCUACCGCUACUACCUCUACCGAUCCUGCAGCCGAUACGGCCGGCAAAUCUAAACAAACCCGUCCUAGAGCUCCCCGGAAGCCCCGCCAGAACCCUGCAGCCAAUUCCAAUUCGACCCCCCCUGCACCUCGUACGCUCCUAUCCCAAGCCGAAAGGCGCGCCAACCACGUCUCUUCCGAAAAACGUCGGCGGAACGCUAUUCGUAUCGGAUACGCAGAGCUUGGCGCGUUGGAGCAUAUGAGCGUGAAUACCCUUUGGCCGAGGACGGGGGAACUCGAGGCGGUCAUUGAGGAGAGCAAGGAUAUGGAGGGGAUGGAAGAGUUGACGGGUCGGAAGCGGGUGCGGGCGGGGUCGCAGGAUGGAGAUGGGGAAAGGAAUGGGGAUGGAGUUGGAGGCGAAGGGGGAGCUGGUGAAGCUUCGAACGGGUCUGCGAGCAAAACCAAACGUCCGAGGAAAGGAAUCUACAUUGUCAACCAGGGAACGACGAGCAAGAGCGCUAUCCUACAAAAAGGCGCUUCAUUGGCUCAAUGGUUGACGGAGGGUAACGAAUGGUUACGCGGCGAGGUGGAGAGGCUGGAAGGGUUGCUCGGGGUCCUUCCUGGCCAGGCGUUGGAUCCGCAGGACGAGGUCGAAGAACAAGACCAUGAGCAUGCGGAGGAUGUUAGGGCGGAAGAGCAUGAUACAGGGCAAGAGGAACAGGAAGGACGAGAGGGUGUGGCUUUGGACCAUGAGGUCGAUUAUGGGUUGGAACACAGUAUGGGUCUCGGCGGGUUACACGGGAUGGAUAUGGAUGGGAUGGGCGAAUUGGAGAGGCAUCUGAUGAUGGAAACCGCUCAUGGUCAUAUCCAGCAUACGCACCUGGACGAGGUCGAUGUUGGACAUGAUCACCAGCAUCAUCAACAUCAACAUGACCCGUUGGCGCAUGAGCACGCGGAACACGAGACUCGAGAGCAUCAGCUCGAUUCAGGUCAUGAUCCGACUGGAACGCAGCAGCUUGACUAUCAGCACGAUCAUCAUAUCCAUCAUCACGACCCUGGGCCUGACCACCACCAGCAAGGCCUAGAGCACGGACACCACGACCCACAAUUGCAUCAUCAUCCACACGAACAGCAGCAGCACCAUGACGAACACAACAAUCAAAAGCACGAGCAUCACCUUAUCGAUCCCCCGACGAUGAUGGAAGAACAAUUCAUCAAAGCCGUCGAAGCGCUCCAUCCGGCACAUGAACAAGAAGAGAUCGGACCGGAUGGUUAUCCCCGGGAUCUGUAUUGA